AUGAGUUAAUGAACAAUGAGUAGCCGCGUGCCGAAGUUGGAUCUCAGCUAAUACAAGCAUUCAUCAGAAAGGGGACAAUAUAUCUUGGUGUCACGGAAAUCAUUGAUGCCGAAACCAUCAUCAAUUUGGUUUUAAAUCGACAAUAUCAAAGACCAGUUGUGUAUCUUCCCUCAGCAUUCAAUACAAGGAAUGAACGAUGUUCUCUGAUUUUCUCUCUCGUUUGCUGGUGUUUAUUUUCUGCAUCAGUUCUGCUGCAAGAGCACAGACAUGUACAGUCGGAAAUCAUGCAGAUUCCUCUCGGUUUGCUUCUGACUUUGUUUUCGGUCUCCCUGCAAGUGGCCAGAGUAGUUCAUAUAUCGGAGACUACGGGUGUUUUGUUCAGACUACCCAACCAUUUGGUACUGACUUCAGUGCAGCUCGACCAGCCAGGAAUGAGGCUGGUGUCUACACCAUAUCUGCUGAGCUGCCUCAACAUAUGAAGCUGACAUUUACAGCAGGGCCAUCAGUUACCAGAGACACGGGAUUGCACAAUGGAACCUUGACGGUCUUUCUUGAAAACACUCUUGUCAUGUACUUAUUCGGAGCCAACACAGAUGACCAGGCAUAUGGUGCCACCGCCGUAAUUCCCCUUGAAUAUCUAGGUCAGGAAUAUUUUGUAUCAGUUCGAGCUGGACCAAGCCCUGGAGAAGUGGUAAUCUCUUCAACCGGUGAAGCAACUUUGAUUUGCCUGACACCCAAUGGUCCUUUUACAUACAAUGGCAUCAGUUAUUCUGCUCCCUUAUCGAGUGUCCAAUUUGAGAUUCCGGCCUGGUAUCAAAUGGUAAUCACAAGCUCAUCGAACGACUUUACAGGGUCAAGAAUACUGGCAAACACGACCGUUUCUGUCGUUAGUGGGUCGGCUUGUGCUGUCAGUCCAAGGCAAGGAAACGAAUCGUGUGACUAUGCCAUGGAACAUCUGAUGCCUUACGAUAAAUGGGGAACCAUCUUUAAUGUACCGCCAUUUAUAGAUGGGGUUUCUACGGGUUUCUAUGUCCAGAUUACCGCUGGGAGAGACGAUACGACUAUCAACGUCGAUGGUACUGUAAUCAGUCUUGAUCAAGGACAGACUGAGAGCCGAGAUGUCAACAACAUCAACGACAUUCUACGGAUCACCAGUGAUAAGCCCAUCCAAGUAGUGCAGGUACUCGAUGGAGCCACAUCAAUGGUUGUCAUUCCACCUGAAGAACAAUACACCCUCCAGACUUCUUACUUUCGUUUAUCGGGUGCUGCAUCCCUCGAUUUAUAUUUUAACCACUUUUUUACAAUCGUGGCUCCGUGCUCGUCCAGUUCAGGGAUCACCGUUACUUCUUCAGCUUCUGGUUUCGCUAAUUUGGCACCGUCUUCAACAAUUAAUGGUGGCAUGAUGUGUGCCUAUUUUCACCAAGGAACCGAAUUAGCUACCUAUACGGUCUCGCAAUACGAUCCCGAUGGGGCCUUCUUUGUUGUUAAUUAUGGAAGAUACGGCACUGCAGGAUAUGCUUAUGUGGGUGCUCAAAAGUACGAAACACAAAGAUGCACAGACUAUCAGACUAUAACUUGUAAUCCUCCAACGACAGUCCAAACAACAACUACGUCGCCUUCUACAACAACACCGCAGAUGACAACAACAAUAACAACUACAACUGAUGCACCUACUACAACACCGAGUACCGAACCCCCGACGACAACAGUGACAACCACAACACAGACAAUUACCACUGCAAGAAGUACCGAAAUCCCAACGACAGCAGCUUCAACAACCUCAGGUACAUUAAAAGUAGUGGGUUCUUUACAAUUUCUUAGUGCAAGUUAAUUUAAUAGAGCUAAAGGAUAUUAACCAGUAUGAUACAAAACAAUUGUAAUUACAUGUGGACUGAUGUGUCUGUGUCUUUAUCCUGUCGACCAUGCCUUGUAACUCUCUUCAUAAGCCUGAACACUAGUUUGGCGACUCUUUAAUUAUGAAAAAAAAAAAUGUUUUUUACGUGUAUACAACUCUAAAAACACUUAUUUGCUAUUGCACUGAUCCAUCAGAAGGGUAUCCAAAAAUAUUUACAAGUGCAGAUUAACUUAAUAAUCUAUGAACUAGUGGAUUGAAUGAUAGCAAGCUGUUUUCAUAUAAAAGCUUGUUGUAACGUUUGUAAAGUUUUCCUUCAGCGAUACUUCAAUUCCACGCGUUGGUGCUGAUACAAAGCAAUGCAAAUGAGCUCUAACGAAAAUGUUUAUUCUUAUACCAAAUUUUGACGCGAAUACGUCGGUUACAUAAACGCACUAAAACACAAAGGACAUAAACAUCCGCACAUACCAUCACUUACCCGCAUACACCCUCCUGAACACACAUGUACACACAAAAGCAUUAAUCCUCGAAUGCUUAGCAGUGUAAUUAAUCAUAUGCAGAAAUUUUAAAUAAUGAAGUGUGU